CGAUUUCACCGCGAGAGCCUGGACUGAAGCGGCGAAUACGAGCGUGCCGCCGCACCCGGAAGCCGGCCUGCGUGUUCGUAGGUCCCACUGGUGCGAGACCUCGGCGUAACCAGCGAGCGACGCGCCCGCAGCGGCCCCGCGCAACAGUUGCAGCGGCUCGCCGGGAGCAGAGCGCUGCGCUAAAGGAGCGCCGCAGAGGCACAAAUGGGCGGCUUCGGCUCGCCCGGCGGCGGACGGGGACGAGGCGGCAAGGGCCGCGGGAGAGGAGGAGGCAAGGGCGGCCGCGGCAGAGGCGGCGGCAAGGGCAAGGGCCGCGGCAAAGGAGGCAAAGGCAAGGGCAAGGGCAAGGGCGGCGCCAAGGGCGGCGCCAAGGUCGUCGUCGAGCCUCAUAGACAUGAGGGCGUCUUCAUCGCGAGAGGCAAGGAGGACGUCAUUGUGACCCUCAACAGCACCCCCGGCAAGGACGUCUAUGGGGAAAAAAGAAUUAGUGUGGACGGCCCGGCGAACGAGGACGGCACGACGACCAAGAUUGAAUACAGAGUGUGGAAUCCGUUCCGCUCGAAGCUGUGCGCCGCAAUCCUCGGCGGCGUCGAUACGAUACACAUGAAACCCGGUAGCAAAGUUUUAUACUUGGGAGGCGCCGCGGGUACCACAGUAUCCCACGUGUCUGAUCUAGUCGGCCCGCAGGGCUGCGUCUACGCCGUCGAGUUCUCGCACCGGCCGGGCAGAGAUUUGAUUAAUAUGGCCAAGCAUAGAACCAACGUCAUUCCCAUAAUAGAAGAUGCCAGACACCCGCUCAAGUACCGCAUGUUGGUGGGCAUGGUCGAUUGUGUGUUUGCGGACGUCGCGCAGCCGGAUCAAGCCCGAAUUGUCGCGUUAAAUUCGCAGUACUUCCUCAAGGCGGGCGGCGGCUUCGUGGUCUCGAUCAAGGCGUCGUGUAUUGAUAGUACGGCGACGCCGGAGGCCGUCUUCGCCGCCGAGGUCGCGAAGCUCCAGAAGGACCAGUUCAAGCCCAAGGAGCAGCUGACGCUCGAGCCGUACGAGCGCGACCACGCGGUCGUGGUUGGCUUGUACCGGCCGCCCAAGAAGUAGCCUACUACGCGUCGCCUAAGGGUCGCUCCACCACG